AUGCGCGGUGUAUCGGCUGCCGAAAUCGCAAAGUUCCGUGAGCUUCAAAGUCAUUGGUGGGACCCAAAUGGCCCGCUCCGUACCUUGCAUGCCUUCAACCCGCUUCGGGUGCAGUACAUAUCCAACACAUGCAAGCACUUUGCAAAGCGGUCUGAUUUUCUCGCCCCGUCUGGUAUCACGCCUGGAAUGCGUAUACUUGACGUGGGCUGCGGCGGAGGCAUUCUCUCCGAAAGUCUUGUGCGAUUGGGUGGCAACGUACUUGGAAUUGACAUGUGUGAGGAGAGCAUUGAUGUGGCGCAGCAGCGUCGGGAGCAGGCCUUGCGUGAAGUGGCAUCCUGCACCUCACAGGACGCUGCGGCCUCGCUUGCAUAUCGCCACGUUUCCCUCAACACGAUUGUAGCUGAAGAGAAGCAGCAGUUUGAUCUCGUAGUCGCCUCGGAGGUUAUUGAACACGUUGAUGACGCACCGGGCUUCUUGCAAGAUCUUUGCAACGCGACAAACCCGGGCGGGAUGCUUAUUAUAUCUACGAUGGACAAGUCUAUUAGAACAGCUAUUAGCCACGUUGCUGUUGCUGAGUAUCUCACAGGAGCGGUGCGGCCAGGUACGCAUGACUGGUCAAAGUUUGUUCCUCCCCAGGACCUUUCUAGGUGUGCACAACAGCAUCACCUACUUCAAGUGGAUCUUCAGUACAUUGUGACGUGGCCAGACGUGUUAAUGUCUUUGGCCACUCGGCAGCUGCAGUUUGGCUUCUCGCUUUCAAAGCGGUUUGAUACGGGGCACUACUUUUGGUCCGGACUGAAGAUGGCGACCCCCACGUCAAACCCCACUCCGUAA